AUGUGCACUUGUUCUUUUUUUUUUUUUUUUUUUUUUUUUAGCCUGAGUUGGCCCUUAGGACUUGUUUCCUCAUUGUUCCAUUUGAAUAGAAGUAUUGACUGCCCUCAAUUCACGUCUGGUAUAUGUAUUGGAUCAAAAAUGGGUUUGUCGUCUAUACUUCAGCAAAUUGAGAAAAAGGGAAAAAUUCAGCAAAAGCAAGUUCCUGUUGAGAAAAAGUCUGAUACUGCUGUGACAAAAGAUAAGUUUAGAAACUAUAGUCAAGACCGCCCAAUAGAUCCAGUAGUUGCUAGAUUGAAGGAAAAGCGACGAUUGGAAAGAGAGCAAAAGGAAAGGGAACUUAGAGAAAAGAAAGGUUUACCGCCAAAAAAGACAACUACCAGUAAACCAAAGUCAUCUACUUCAACCAAAUCUGGAGGUCGUCAAGCUUCUGCUCAAAGAUCCCGUAAUCAGUCACCAUCGUUAGUACAACAACAACAACAACAACAACAACCACCACCACCACCGCCGCCACCUAAAAAGAGAUUAAAUUAUAAUGAAUUAUUAAAAAAAGCAGCUAGUAUCGAUCACAGUAAACUAUCGAUAAACCUUUUGCAGAAAAGCAAGUCACCAGAGGCAAAAUCUAAACCAUCAGACACGAAACCCGGCCAAGUACCUCGUCACAAUAUGCUGAAACCAGUUGGAAUUUCUCGGAAUGGUCCUCAUCCAACAACUGCACACGUUAAACCCACUCCACAACGGGCACCCAAGCCAGCACCUGUGAUCAAGGCUCCUUUGCCUCCAAGACAGCCAUCCUCCAAGAUAAAGCUGAAGCUUGAAGAAAAACGAAAGUCAAGAUCAUACCAAGAGGUAGAAGAAGAUGAUGAUUUGAGCGAUUUUGUAGAGGAUGAUGACGAAUACGACGAGGGUUAUGGUGCGAAUGAAAUCGACAGAGAAGAAAUUUGGGCAAUGUUCAAUAAAGGUAAAAAGCGUUCAAUGUAUUACGGAGACGAUUAUGAUUCAGACGAUAUGGAAGCUACUGGUGCAGAGAUUUUUGACGAGGAGUAUCAAUCAAGAAUAGAUGCGGAGAGAGAAGAUCGCCGAGAAAUGGAAGAAGAGAAGAGAUUGCAAGCUUUGAAACGAAAAAGAUUAAAUAGACGUUAA